AUGAUGCUGACGGUUGCAAAGGGACCAACAUGCUAUGAGGCGAUUAAUGAGGCGAAAGAUUGGGGUUCAGGACAUUUUUUGAGAAAGUUAUUUGUCACUAUGCUACUAUCCGGUACAAUUAAUAGACCCCGUCAUGUUUGGGAGAAAACCUGGAAGACGUUGUCUGACGAUAUGCAGUUAACAGACGCUGAGUUGAAAAACUUGACACUCAUUGAGAUUGAGAAUAUGUUGCAAUCCAAUCAAAGAAGUUUGCAUGAAUUUAAGGAUAUGCCUUACCCUGAUUCUUAUGUCACACGACACGUUAGCAAUAGACUGAUUUAUGACGAACGUGAUUAUAAUGCCAAUACUGAGCGAGAAAACUUCAACAAUCUCUUUCGUGCCCUUACAGAUGAACAACGUUCAAUCUUCGAAACAAUAAUGGAAGUUAUCCUGAAACAAAGAGGAGGGGUGUUUUUUUUAUAUGGUUAUGGAGGGACCGGUAAAACUUUCAUGUGGAGAACACUAUCAAGUGCACUUCGUUCGAAGAAAAAAAUUGUUCUUAUUGUUGCUUCAAGUGGCAUAGCUUCAUUAUUAUUGCCAGGCGGAAGAACUGCUCAUUCGAAGUUCAAAAUACCUGUGCCAACACUUGACAACUCUACUUGCAAUGUUGACAAAAACACCGAACAUUCACAGUUAUUUGAGGUAACCAAUGUCAUAAUAUGGGAUGAAGCACCAAUGGCUCAUAAAAAUUGCUUUGAGUUGUUCCAAGAGCAGGACGUUGUGAUAUUGUUCAUGCAUCAAUAUGCUCCUCUUAUAUUUGGGACUAUUGUCAAGUCCUAA